AUGGAAUACAGGGCACUAAUAAUUCUAAACGAUUUUGGCCAGCCUGAAUUUGUUUUACCUGCUUGUCUUCCAGCAGCAGCGUCCCCGUAUGGGCAACUUCUGAGCGGAUCAGCGGUGCUGGGAAAUACUGACUGCGGUGCGCUCGCCGCAGCAUCGGUAGUUUCGGAAAACGUAACCAGUGGAAUAAGCGCAACAAAUCAUCUGUGUGUGUCAGCGGCCGAUCGUCUUGAAGCAAGUGGUUGCGAAACGCCGUUAGAUUUAAGCAAAGUGAAAUUGGAGAGGUUUCUGUUUCUUCUUGUACGUGGUUGCAGCAUAAAGAUAUCAACUGAUUAA